AUGUACGACCUGCUCUCCGUGUCCAACACCGCGGGGGCCAACGAGAUCCGGAGCGCGUACCGGCGGCUGGCCCUGCUGUGGCACCCGGACGCGUGCCGCUCCGCGGGGGAGGAGCGCCGCUACGCGGAGCGCUUCAUGGAGGCGCGCGAGGCCUACGACGUGCUCUCUGAUCCCGUCCGCCGCCGCAACUACGACCUCUCCCUCACCGGGGACCGCUGGGCCGCCACUGUCGGCGCCGCCACGGCCUUCCGCGAGGGCCGCCCUCGCAAGCAGGAGGCCGGAGUUACUGCGUUCGGGAACUGGGACAUGCAGCUCGACGGACUCGGGAGGAGGUCCGCCGUGGCGAACACCGGCGAGGAGACCUGGGGCGGCCGCUUGCGCCGCGCCCGCCGCGCCCGCUCCGCCGAGCAGUGCGUUUGA